CGCUGCCUCAGGAAUGGACGCGUUCGAUUUGUUUCGGAAACUCGGAGCUGGAGCUAAGUUUGACCUGAAGAGGUUUGGACAGGACGCGAACCGGUUCAAGGUUGUCAAAGCUCAGGGAGGAGAAGCUUCCGUAGAUCCCCUCUCUGCCAUCGAUUACUUCGGCACAGGCCUAGCCAAUGGAGCCCAGAGCAGCCCCACAGAGCUGGAGGAGCAUGGAGAAGAGGAUGAGAAAGAAAGUGACAGUGGCGAUUCUUCUGCAGGCGUCAAAAGACAGAGGGAGGAAGAAGAGAGAAGCCUGAGGACAAAGAAGAAGAAAAAGAUGAAAGUUAACCAGGUGGAAGCCGGGGCCACAGAGGGAGGUGGCAUCACCUGGACGUCCUCACAGGAGAGAAAGAUCCUGAAUUUGCCGAGUGACGCGAAGGAGAAAAACUCUAUGAAGAGGCUGAAACAUCUUCAUCAGCAAAAGGUGAACCAUAUUCGCUCCCAACACCGUAUAAACGUCCACGGCUGCGAUGUGCCCGACCCAGUGUCCACAUUUGACGAGCUGCAGUCCGAGUAUCGUCUCCACACGUGUGUCCUUCAGAACCUCAAAGAUGCAGGGUUGAAUUCCCCAACGCCAAUACAGAUGCAGGCGAUUCCGCUCAUGAUGCAUGGUCGGGAGCUCCUGGCCUGCGCUCCCACUGGAUCAGGGAAGACUUUGGCUUUCUGUCUCCCGCUGCUCGCACAGCUGCAGCAGCCGGCCAACCUGGGCUUCAGAGCGGUGGUUAUCUCCCCGACCAGAGAGCUGGCCAGCCAGACCUACAGAGAGCUGCUCCGUCUGUCAGAGGGAAUCGGAUUUCGAGUUCACAUAAUUGACAAAGCCUCUCUGGCAGCAAAGAAAUAUGGACCACAGUCAAACAAAAAAUAUGACAUACUCGUCAGUACUCCAAACAGACUCGUCUUCCUUCUCAAUCAGGAUCCUCCAGCUCUCGACCUCAGCAGUGUGGAGUGGCUGGUGGUGGACGAGUCAGACAAGCUGUUUGAAGGGGGUAAGACCGGCUUCCGGGAGCAGCUGGCCACGGUGUUUCUGGCCUGCUCUGGGUCAAAGGUGCGAAGGGCUUUCUUCAGCGCCACCUGCACACCGGAUGUUGAGCAGUGGUGUCGUCUGAACCUCGACAACCUGGUGUCGGUCAACAUCGGACACAGAAAUACAGCAGUGGAGACGGUGGACCAGCAGCUGCUGUUUGUCGGCACAGAGAGCGGCAAACUGGUCGCCAUGAGGGACAUCAUCAAAAAAGGUUUCCUUCCUCCCAUGCUGGUGUUUGUUCAGUCUAUAGAUCGAGCACGGGAGCUUUUCCAUGAGCUGGUGUAUGAAGGCAUCAACGUAGAUGUGAUCCACGCAGACCGCACUCAGCAGCAGAGGGACAAUGUGGUGAGCAGUUUCCGCUCCGGUAAGAUUUGGGUGUUGAUCUGCACGGCGCUGCUCGCCAGAGGAAUCGACUUCAAAGGAGUCAACCUCGUGCUGAACUACGACUUCCCCACCAGUGCUGUGGAAUACAUCCACCGGAUUGGUCGGACAGGCCGAGCUGGACAUCAAGGGAAGGCCAUGACCUUCUUCACAGAAGAUGACAAACCACUGCUCCGAAGCAUUGCUAAUGUCAUUAAACAAGCUGGCUGUCCUGUGCCCGAUUACAUGAUCGGCUUUAAGAAGAUUCACAGCAAAGAUAAGCGCAAACUUGAGAAGAGGCCUCCCAAGAGAAGCACCAUUUGCACAACCCCUCGUUUCUUAAUGAAGAAAACGGGCAAAGAACAAGGACAGAAAGAACAGAAGAGAGCAGCGGAGGGAGAGCAGACAGGAGAAAAGAAUACCAAAGGACUGAAAGUGAAGAAAAGAAAUGAAACUCAAAAAGACAAGGGAACAAAAAAACAAAGCAGGCCGUCACAGAAGAUGGGAUCAAAUUCCCCUGCGGCUAAGUUUAAGAAGAAAGGAGGGAAGAAGACUAAGCCACAAAAGGAAUAGAAGAAUUGGUACAAACAGCCUGAUAUGAACUUGGAUGCUUUUUUUUUUCAUUUUACGGUUUUAUUUACUGCAAAUUUUUUUGUCUGUGCUUUGUGUUA